AUGCUCAAAUAUCAUCGGCGUUCCCACAGACACAAGUCACCCGUACGAUGCUUACGAUGGAGAUCAUCGGGAGACUCAGAUACAGCAAGCACGUCCGCAGUGGAGACAACUCUGGAACGUUUACGCGGUACUCGAAGCGCUCUAGAGGAACUUUGGUCGGAUCGGGAGCGGCGUCUUGAACUCACCCUCCAAUUGAGACAUUUUGAGAGGGACGCCCUGGAGGUAUCAUCACGACUUGAACUAUGGGGAGACGAGUUGCAGCGCAGUGAACCUCCACGCGACCCACAGCAGGCUGAACAAGCACUAGCGGCACACAACGAGAGCGUAGCUAGGAUGCAACAUGCUACCUUUCAGGUAGUGCAGCAAGGUCAGGACUUAGCUUCGGCCAUUGCGGAAGCUUCAGACGUAAUGGCGUCCAGUUCCGAUAGCUCCGAGGGUGCACCACUCGACGCCCAGGCGAGAGUACAACUUUUACUGGAAUUCUUGCAUGAUCGACAACUAGACUUGGAAGAGCUGGCUGAGGAACGACGAGCCAGAUUCGAACAAUGCGUUCAACUUGGUCAAUUUCAAAAGGAUGCGGCACAAGUUGUAAGCUGGAUACGAAAUGGUGAAGCGAUGUUGGCUGCUUCAUUCUCGAUUCCCGGAACUCUUUCUGAAGCAGAACAGUUAAAGCGGGAACACGACCAGUUCCAAGUGGCUGUCGAGAAAACUCACGCUAGUGCUGUUCAAGUGAAGUAUAGAGCUGAUGCCCUGCGAGCUGCCAAUCAUUACGACCCACAUACUAUAAGAGAGAUAUCCGAAGAGGUGACAGAGCGUUGGCAGCGCCUUGUAACGUGCGCGGAAGAGCGUCAUAAACUAGUCACUGCUUCGUUGAAUUUCUACAAAACGGCAGAACAAGUUUGCUCUGUACUCGAUUCCUUGGAGAGGGAGUAUCGCCGUGAUGAAGACUGGUGUGGUUCAGGCGCUGCUAUUUCCACAAUCACACCUAAUACAGAAGAUACACAGAAUAACCAAACACAGAACUUGGAUAAGGCUGCUCAGGUGGCAGCAUUAAUAGUAAAGCAUGGCGAGCAAAAAGAGGCGUUCCUCAAAGCAUGUACGCUCGCUCGACGCACUGCUGAGACGUUCCUCAAGUACGCGGCAAGGUCAGCUCAAGUUCACGGACAAACUGCGGCAGCGAGUAAGGCCCACCACGAGCAAACCCGGGCCAUUCUCGAUACUCUACUAUGUCAAGAAAAUAAGGUACUGGAACACUGGACAGUUCGCAAAAAGCGUCUAGAACAGUGCCAGCAAUUCGCUUUAUUUGAGCGAUCUGCGCGAGCGGCAGUCGAAUGGAUUCGGGAGACGCAAGAGCGAUGUGGGGCGGCUGCCGCUGCUGCGGCCGCUGGUGUGGCAAGAGAAAGCCGUGAGCGAGUCAGAUUGCUCGCACAAUUGGCCGACGGACUUGUUGAAAAGGGACAUCCGCAUGCCGUUCAGAUCAAGGAGUGGGUGGCUGCUGUUGAUGCCAGAUAUGCUGAGUUCAGUGGUACCAUGGAGGCUGGUGAGGUGGAAGUGGAAAGUGACUCUGGUAUGGCGCCAUCUCUAGCUUCGACACAUUCUGAAAGUGAGGUACGAGGAGAACCACAGCCACCAGCAUCCACUGAUGAGAAGAGACGCAGUGCCAGGCGAAAAGAGUUCAUAAUGGCCGAGUUGCUGCAAACUGAGCGCGCCUACGUUAAAGAUCUCGAGACGUGCAUCACUGGGUAUUUACGUGAAAUGCGGACAGACCCAGCUUCAGUCCCAGCGCCACUUCAGGGCAAGGAGGAACUCAUAUUCGGUAACAUCGAAGAGAUCCAUCGUUUCCACGAGCGUAUAUUCCUUCGUGAGUUGGACAAGUAUGAGGCGUGGCCUGAGGACGUUGGCCAUUGUUUUGUGACUUGGGCGAGGCAGUUCGAUAUGUAUGUGUCCUACUGCCGUAACAAACCCGACAGUAAUGCGGCCGUUGUACAGCAUGCAGGAGAUUAUUUUGAAAGGGUUCAAAGAAGAAAAAAGUUGGAGCAUCCCCUCGCAGCGUAUCUAAUCAAGCCGGUACAAAGAAUUACCAAAUACCAGCUACUCCUCAAAGAUCUUCAAGCAUGCUGUGCUGAGGGACAAGGGGAAAUAAAAGACGGUUUGGAGGUUAUGCUCUCCGUGCCGAAGAAAGCAAAUGAUGCGAUGCACCUCUCUAAUCUUGAGGGUUGUGACGUGCCGACGGAUAGUUUGGGUGAAGUUGUACUCCAAGAUUCAUUCCAAGUAUGGGAUCUUCGUCAGAUUAUCAAAAAGUGUCGUGAAAGACGAGUCUUCCUCUUCGACCUGCAUCUCCUGCUUGCAAAGGAGGUUAAGGAUACCCAUGGAAAGGCUAAAUAUAUCUACAAGACUAAAUUCAUGACGUCAGAACUGGGCGUAACAGAACACAUUGAAGGUGACGAAUGCAAGUUCUCUGUGUGGACUGGCCGAGAGCCGAUGGCCAGCGAUUGUCGUAUAAUGCUUAAGGCCCCUUCACUUGAGGUCAAGCAGACUUGGGUUAGAAGACUGCGGGAGGUUAUACAAGAAACAUAUUUCAACAAAGCGUUGCCGCCGCGUAGUCCGGCCCGCGUACGACCUACAAGUUCACAGCGUUCCAGCAGGGACUUCGAUGACACGGACACCGAGAAUCUUGACCGCAAUUCACUAGCUUCCUUCGGCAGUGGAAAUACCACCGACUCAGAUAAGGUAAGAGCUCUUAUAUAA